GGGCGGGCGGGGCGCUGCCCCCCUGCCCCGGAAGUGCUCGUCCUGCCGGAAGUCGCGUCUUCAGCCGCUCGGUCUCUUUCCGCCGCCAUCUUGGGCCCUGCUCCCCGCACAAAAUGCCCGGCGAAGCUACAGAAACCGUCCCAGCCACCGAGCAGGAGCUGCCGCAGCCGCAGGCUGAGACAGCUCCAGCUGCCCUUCCUCCGGCAGCCCCCGUCACUGCUCCUGCGGCGCCUCCAGCUGUUCUUCAUGCUGCUCACUCCCCACCUCUGACUCCGUCUCCGGUCCCCGCGGGCCAGGCUCUCCCAGUGGAGCCGCCCAGCCCUGCCGGCCCCCCAGCCCCCGUUUCCCCCCCUGUAGUCCCAGCUGCGGCGAUCCCAGUGUUCUCAGUUCCCCCCCAGCUCCCUGCCCCAGCUCUGCAGGUCCCGGUUACCACUGGGAACCACCCAGUUCCGCAGUCCCCGAUGGGUUUUGCAACCCCAGGAUCUCCAGGGCCCGCCCCAGUUAGCCCAGUGUCGCCGGGACUCCCGGCCCCAGUGUCUCCUGUUGCGGCCGCUGCUCCUGCCGCAGUGACGGUGGCCCCCAUUGCCUCCCCUGUCAGCCCUGGUUCUCCCCCAGCGACUCUCACCUCUCCAGUGAAAGCUGCCCCCUCUGCCACCCCUCAGAGCCCCGCGGGGCUGCCCCAGGCCCCUCUCCCUGCCCCUGGGGCAGCUUUGGCCCCCCCUGCUCCAUCCCAGGGCCCUGGGGCAGCCCCGGCCACUCUCCCACCGCCCCCUUCCCUUCCCCUUGGGGCAUCUCCCCUGCCGGCAGCUCUCCUGCCUACUCCCACCGCACCUCCCGAGGCCACAGCUUGUCCCCAGAGCCCAGGCUCUCCCCCUCUUCCCGCAGCAGCCCCUCUCUGUCCUGCCACGGCACCAUCGGCGCCUGCCCCGGCGGUACCAGUGUCACCUGGCAGCCCGGCCUCUGCCCCGCUGGCUUCUCCUUUGGCCUCUCCCGUGUCCCCUCUUCCUCCGGCCCCGGGCAGUGCCAUCUCUCCACCUGUCUUCUUGGCUGCCCCCAUGGCCCUGGCCCCCUUGUCACCCCCUGCCCCCCUGGUGCCAGCUGGGAUGUCUCCUGGGAGUCCUGCUGCUGCCCCACAGGGCCCAGCCCCUGGCGCUCCAGCCUCUCCGCCGGUUCCAGUUGCUCCUUCUGUUGCUAAGACCUGUCCCGUGGGCCCUGCCCCGGCAGCCCCAGCUGCUGCCGCUGCGGCUCCAGCUGGGGGAGACCCCAUCCCUCCCUCUGUGGCCAGGACCCCUCCUGGAAGCCCCGACCCUCGGGCAGUGCCUGCCGCUGCGGCAGCUCCCAUUGCUCCCGCCCUGUCCAAACCCUCUCCAGGAGCUGCCACAUCUCUCCCAGGGCCACUGACAGCGGCAGCUCCCAGCGCCGCGCCAGCAGCGGCCACGGCUGCUUUGGCCAAAGCAGCUCCAGCGAGCCCAGUCUCCCUGCCGGCAGCUCCUGUGCCUGCUGCCCCCUCGGCCCCUGCCACCUCCCUGCCUGUCAAACCAGCGGCGGCAGCUCCAGCUGCCCCUCCUGCAGGCAAAGCGGUUCCCGUGAGCCCGGUCGCUGCCCCCUCUGCUCCUGCUGCACCGGCUCCUGCAGCUCCACCGGCUCCGGCAGCCCCUUCCGCAGCCAAAGUGGCUCCCAAGAGCCCUGUUGCUGCUCCCUCGGCCUCAGCCACACCAGCUGCUGCGGCCAAAAAGCCUCCGAAGAGCAGCCCCGUCGCUGCCCCCCCUGCUCCCUCUGCCGCUCCGGUGCCAGCAGCUCCUGCAGCUCCAGCCGCCUCCCCUGGGGCCAAAAAGCCUCCGAAGAGCAGCCCCGUCGCUGCCCCCCCUGCUCCCUCUGCUGCUCCAGUGCCAGCAGCUCCGCCAGCUCCAGCUGCCCCCGCUGCAGCCAAAAAGCCUCCGAAGAGCAGCCCCGUCGCUGCCCCCCCUGCUCCCUCUGCCCCUGCUGCUCCGGUGCCAGUAGCUCCACCAGCUCCAGCCGCCCCCCCUGCAGCCAAAAAGCCUCCGAAGAGCAGCCCUGCGACCGCUCCCUCUGCCCCAGCGCCGCCAGCUCCAUCCACCCCUGCUGUGGCCAAAGCACCUCCCAAGAGCCCUGGUGCAGCCACACCAGCUCCUGCAGCUCCAGCCGCCCCCCCGGCAGCCCCUGCACCGGCACCCGGCAAGCCGGCUCCUGCUCCAGGCACGGCUGCCCCAGCCCCAGGGGUUCCUGGUGCCCCCCCGAAGCCAUCGGCCGAUCGUGCCGCCCCUGCUCCCCAGAAACCAGAAGCUGGCCUUCCUGGCUCUGCCCCGGCGGGUAACCCCCCGCCUGCCUCUUCUGCGCCGAGCGCUCCCCCCGCGAAGAAGCAGACCCCUCCCGGUAAGGUCACCAAGCCGGCCCCCCGCCCGCCCCCAUCCAAACCCCCCUCGAAGGCCCCGGCCCCCGUCAGCGCUGCCGUGGACGAUGACGACCUGCCGCCUCUGAUCCCCCCAGAGCUGCCCGCUGCCGAGCCGCCGGUGCAGCCCAUCCUGGUGGACCUCUCUCCCCGAGCAGCCGUGGCCCCCGCUGGGGCCCCUGCUCCUCCGGCUAAGCCGCCUGUCCUGAAGAACGACAAGGGGUCCGGAACAGAGUCUGACAGCGAUGAAUCCGUACCAGAGCUCGAAGAGCAAGACUCCACACAGGCCACGACGCAGCAGGCACAGCUUGCAGCAGCAGCUGAAAUAGAUGAAGAACCCGUUAGCAAAGCAAAACAGAGCCGGAGCGAAAAGAAAGCGCGGAAGGCAAUGUCUAAACUGGGCCUUCGCCAGGUGACGGGAGUAACCAGAGUCACCAUCCGGAAAUCUAAGAACAUCCUCUUUGUCAUCACAAAGCCAGACGUGUACAAGAGCCCGGCGUCAGACACCUACAUAGUCUUUGGGGAAGCCAAGAUCGAAGACCUGUCCCAGCAGGCCCAGCUGGCAGCUGCCGAAAAGUUCAAAGUGCAAGGAGAAGCCGUUUCAAACAUCCAAGAAAACACACAGACCCCCACCGUGCAGGAGGAGAGCGAGGAAGAAGAGGUUGACGAAACCGGUGUCGAGGUGAAAGACAUCGAGCUGGUGAUGUCGCAGGCGAACGUGUCCCGAGCGAAGGCGGUCCGUGCCCUGAAGAACAACAGUAACGAUAUUGUAAAUGCGAUAAUGGAGUUGACGAUGUAGCUGCCAGAGAGAGGAGCCUUUUUUGGUGUUUCAGAGAAGAGUAAAAUACGACUAAAUUUAAAAUUUGUACUAUUUCUAUCAAUUAAUAAAAGUUGUGGCUUAUUGUUGGUGAAACA